AUGGAAGAGUGUGAGAGUCUCGAGUCGGAGGUGACAGAGCUUCAGGAAUUGCAGAGUGAGGCUUCAGAGGCCAUCAGCCAGGACGAUGAAGACGAGCUGGAGGAACUUCAACACAGUCUGCGAGAGGUUGUCCAGGACCCGUCUGUGAAACCUAAGUUCCAGUGCCUGAUGGUGGAUCCAUCGUUCUCCAUGGUAACGGUUCAGAGCGAGGACAGUGGUAUUGUUUGGGAGACUGCCUCUAGCCGCUGCUCUACCCCUUGGGCCUCUGAAACCAGCUCCAACUCUGAAGCCUACAGCAUGGAUGGCUCUGGAGCUGCAGGAAAGAUCACCAUCGUCUUUGAUGAGGAACAAAUUGUCCGUAGGAGGACGAGGUCUGGAAGGAGCAGCAGGCUGGGGGACAGGCUGAGCCGGCCUGGUAGUUCAAGAUCCGCUUCAGCCCUGGGAGUGGAGAGACCUGAGAUGGCAGAGAUUUCCCUUCCCAAUGUCAAACUGGAGAAAACCGAAACAGAGCCAGACUUGGAGGAAAUCAGAAACAAAGAUCAGCAGCUGUUCAGUUUGAUUUCAGAGGGUUAUGAGAUUCUCAACAUCAGAGUCCCCUCCAAACUUCCCACUGUGGAUGAGGAAGAGAGCACAGAGUUGCAGGACAAUUUGUCUUAUUUGGACCAGACUCCGAAGAUCAGGUCCCGAAACCACAAAGACUGGACACUGCACCAAAACCAUGCCCUGCCAAAUGAGGGUGAAUUACUGGAUCCCCAAGAGCCCUCAGAGCAAGACUCUUCUCAGCCGUCAACGGACACAGAGCUCAGCCACACACACACUCAGAAAGAGAGCACUGGCGACAUAGACUACUUUGAGAAGUUUACCUUGGUUGAUGUGGUGGUUCCUGGAGAACAAGCUCCAGAGCUGCAGGAGGAGGCAGAACACCCAGAUGUGAAACCCAUAGUUGAGGAGCAAAAGCUGGCUAAGGAGGCAGCCACAGACAGCCCCUGUGUAUCAGAGGACUCCUUUGUCUUUGUUACUGAUGUGGAGAUAGAAGGGGAACACUUUGAUGAGGUCUUCUACGGAGAAGGAGCUCCUGCUGAUGCACUGCAGCAGAGAGAAGACGAUGAGGCGGAGAGUGGGAUGAGAAGAAGACGAGCGAGCCAUAGAUCUAUGAUGGAGAAUGGUUCAGUGUUGUUUGGGGGUGAAGACACUGUCCUCACGCCCAUUUUUAUCUCCUCUGGACCCCCUAAGAUCAUUGACCAGAUCCUGUUGGAUGAGCCUACUGCCAUGUCCUUCAUGUACUCAGACCUUUACGAGGAUGCAGUAGGCGAGAGGACGAAGAGCGACGAGGAACACUCUGAGCCAGAGAGCGUGGCUUCUGAGAAGACUUAUAAAAGACGUUUGUCGGAUUCAGAGGAGGCAGACGGGUACCUGGAGAAGUUUACUUUGAAGGAUGAAACUUCAACAGUGGAGGUUCAACCAGAGUCAGAGGAUGAGGAGAAGGAGGGGAGAAUAAUAUGGUCGCAGAGUAAGUUUGACAUGACAGGAUGUCUAACAAGAGUGGUCAGAGACGAAGACGAGGACAAGACAAAGACAGAGGAACCAAAGAAACAAGAGGUCGGUGUUGGAGAUGGGAGCGAAGAUUUGCAAUCACCCACAUUUAAAGGGAAAAGUGAAAUAGUUACUGAGACAAAAACAGAAGUGAAAGAAAUACAUGUCUCCAUGGUGACUGAAGAGCAGGCUGUCAGAGAGGCCUCUGACGAAUCAAUUCAGGUGUCCAAACUGAGAGAGGAUCAGGAUGUUAAACAUGAAGUAAAGAUAGACCAGGCUGAGCUUCCUGAGAGCAGCAUUGAUAAACCACUAACUGAAACUAAGCAGGUAGACAGUAAAGUAGAGAAAACAGAGGAGAGUGAGGGGAAUCAGAGAGAAGUGCCAGCAGAAACAACUAGUGUUAUCGAAACUGAGCAGCCAUGUCAGACACAAAAAGUGGUAGAAAAAACAGCUCAGGUGGUUUUAAAUGCUGCAGAGGAGACCGUUGUGGUAGCACCUGUAAGUAUAGAGGCGCCUCACAUCAUCACUGAGAUGAGUUUGUCUGAAGAGGCAACUACUGACACUAAGAUGAUGGCUGAUAAUGAGAAAGACUUAAUCAAGGCCAUAUCAGAGGCCUCGGAGGAAUUGAAAGAGACUGAAAGACAGGAAAUGCUCACCUCUAUUGAAAUAGAGACAUCCGCUGAAACAUCUCUGUGUGAGAAAAAAGAAGCAGCAGAAGUUGUUCCUGGGGAUGUUGCAUCUGUUGAGGUCAUCACUGACUGUGAUUCUGCAGUACAUGCGUUAGUGGCGGUGGUUGAAAACACAGUGGAUGAAAAAGAGAUUCAAACUCACGUUCAGAUCGAUCUUCAGGAGGCAAUAAGUGUUGAGACAACAGAUGUUCAAACAGCUGAAGAGGAAGAAAAACAGGGCGUUCUAACAGAAGAAACUGCAGUUGAGAGCAAGUCGCCUGAAUUAAUUACUGAAGGUGAUCAGGAGUCAGAAGUUAAAGCAGUGAUUUCAAGUGAAGUAACCAAACCUGCGAUGUCAGAGGAUGAAAACAAAGAUUCAGAUAAAACAGAGAUGCCAAUUAUUGAAUCUAAGCAGCAUCAGCAGGAGGAGUCCGUAACUGACAGUGAGCUGAUAACUGAAGCCAUAGAUAAAACACCCACAGAGGACACUGGGACUGUUACUCAGGAGAUAGUGAAUGUGGGUGAUGAGCUAAUCCUCCUAGUCCCCAAGGGACAAGCUCUAGAGAUGGACAUAGAGAUCGGUCAGUUAUCAGAGAAGAUUUCAAGUGAUACAGUAGCUCUCUCUGAACCUGACAGCACAUGUGAACCUCUUAUAGCACCCGAAUCCCAAACAACAUGCCCCGAGACUCUUCAGGCACCGAAUGAAGAGACAAUGACAGAGCUGGAAGUAAAACCAGACGUUGUUCUUAAGGAAGAAGAACUACCAAGAAACGAGUUGGAGAGUAGGUACACUCCUCCAGCACCUGUUGAGGAGGCCCACACAGAUGAGGAGAAAAUGAAGGGGGACUUUGAGGAAAACGAGGGCGCCUUGUCCCCUCUGAGGAGCUUUACUCCCUGUGAGGAUUUGUCUGGGCUACACAGCGAGGACAUUAAGUCAGGAGCAGCAAUUGUAGAACAAAAGGAAGAGAUUCAGGAGGUGGACGUUGCCCCAGAAACAAGCAUUGUGACAGAGCAUUCAAGUACAGAGAUUGAUCUGCACAGAGAGGAUGUAGAAAAGAAGAUGGAGCAAGAGGAGGCAGUUGCAGAGGCUCCAGAGGUGACUGUUGAUGAGCUUGAAUAUGAGAUUAUAUCUAAACAAGAUGCCAAAGAGAUGCCGGAACCUGAAACAGAGAGAAAUGCAGAGGAACCAAAGCCUGAGUCUAAUGAUGAGGUCAUAGAGGCUGACUAUGAGAUUAUUGAUGCAGAGGAAGAGAGUCAGGCUCGACUGGCUGCUGAGCUGCAGCAGAUGAACAGGUUCUGUAUCACCUGUGGAUGUCUGCUGUCAGAGGACGACUGUGUGUCUGGAGAGCAUCACAGCCACGAGGUUACUGAUGUGGACCAUGCCUACGGGGAAAUAAAGGAGAAGCUGAGUGACUGGAUCUCAGAGCUUCAGGGGAGGUCAGAAAACAUCGAGGACCUGGUGUCUGAGAUUGAACUGGCCUACAACUCUGUAGAGGACCAUUGUGUGGAGAACGAGGCAGCGAUGCAGGUGCAGAAUGAGGAGAUGAUGGCUCUGGUGAUGGAGCAGUACAACGACAUGUCCGUCAGCAUGGAAGAGGAGAAGAAGGCCAAACUGGAGCAGCUAUAUGACCAGAUUGUGGCCUUCCAGGAGAGCAUCGAUACUGCCAAGGCCACUCUGGAGACGACGGCCAGAGAGGCUGAGACUGACGCACGGUCACCUGAAGACAUUCAUGCAAGCCUCAAGGCAGCUCUGGACUCAGCCAUGUCACUGGAGCUGGGGCCCAAGGGACUACUGGUGUUCGAGGACUAUGCUAAGGGCAACACUCCAAGCCCUCACCUGGCACAGCGCAAGGGAAUCCCAGUGCCUCAAAUGCCUACGCUGCAGCUUCAGGAGCCAGGCUCCGCCACCAGCACCAGUGUCACUGUUUACUGGAAGGUCAACCCUGGAGAUAUCAUAGACUGCUUCCAGGUCUACUGCAUGGAGGAUCCACAGGGAGCUGUGUCAGAAGAGUACCGCGUGACAGUGAAGGAGAGCUAUUGUGUCCUGGAGGAGCUGGAGCCUGACAAGACCUACAAGGUGUGGGUGAUGGCGGUCAACUACACAGGCUGCUCUCUGCCCAGCGAGAGACUUUCCUUCAGAACCGCUCCAUCAGUGCCAGUGAUUGAAACGCAGCGCUGUACUGUCAUGUGGGAUUCAGCUACACUGCGUUGGAGCUCAGCAAAUAAGACCCCAGAGCAGAGUUACACCCUGGAGUACUGCCGCCAGUAUGAACUAGAGGGGAGGGGCUCAGGUGAGUCCAUCUCAGGCAUCAAAAGCUGCGAGCAGAGGGUUCUCCUGCAGCCCAAUGAAAACUAUCUGUUUUACAUCAAAGCUGUGAAUGAGUCUGGAGCCAGUGAACAGAGCGAGGCUGCCCUCAUUUCAACCAAAGGGUUGAGGUUCCACCUGCUGAAAGCCUCAGCUCACCCCGCUCUGGAGCUGUCGGUGGACCAGACCACCCUGCACUACAAGAAACCAUCAACAGACAAACAAGUUUGUAUGUAUUCUAGGUGUCCAUCCAUCCUGGGUGAGUUGUUGCCGGCAAAAGGACUUUACUACUGGGAGACCCUUGUGUCAGGAAGCACGGCUUACAGGCUUGGAGUCGCAUACAACACAGACGAUAGAAACAGUCUUCUGGGAGAAAGCAACCUCUCAUGGUGUUUGCAGUGCGUCCCUACACCAUCAGGCUGCAGGUAUCAGCUGCUCCACAAUGACAUUCAGUCCAGUGUGUUUGUGAUUGAGGUGCCAGAGCGAGUUGGUACUCUCCUGGAUUACCAGCUUGGUCGUUUGUCUUUCUACAAUGCCCAGAGCGGUCAGUUGUUGGGCACUUUCUGCCAUCGCUUCACCCAACCGUGCCACCCUGCUCUGGCCCUGGAGAUGCCGGGCAGCCUGGAGGUCAGCAUGGUGCUGGAGGUCCCAGAGUUUACCAAGGACAGCUAG